GAAGUAGAAAAAGAAAGAAAAUCCGCGUGAACGGCUUUUGAAGCUCUCGUGAUGUCGUUUUCUUCCGUGUCUGACGCGGCGAAACUCGAUUUGUUCCAGCAAUUGGCUCUGGUUGCUCUUUUAGACGACAACGACUCAUCGAAGCAGGUACUUGAGAAAGUUGCGGCGCUUCGUCUUGUUGCAUCCGUUUUCGAACACGUCAGUGGUGCAGGAGACGUUCAAUCAGCAAAGGCCGAAGCGAUUGUAAAUAUCGCCCAGUUUGUGAAGUCACACCCAAGAGCGACAGAAGCGGAUCUUGUUCGGGUUGUCUCUGACCAAGUUCGGAUAUUUAAGGAACGCAUUUCCGCCAAGCAACCGUUAUUUUGA